AUGGAAAAUGUUGGAGCUAUAGCUGGUGAUGUUCUAUAUGUAAUUCAAAAGCUUCUUCCUAGAUCUAUAAACAAAAAUGACUCUAGCAACAUAAAUGUUUGUUCGAUACAGAUAUUGGAGAAAGUUGAAGAUCUGAAGGCACAAGUGGAGAAGUACUACAAAUCCUUGAAAUUCACUCCGUCUCAGUUCCCCACUGUUGGUGGAUUGAGCUUUCUGGAUUCUCUUUUAAGAAAAUUGCAUGAUAUGUUGAAGUCUGAAUCAGGUUUAGUUUUCAUGAUGAAACAUGAUAUCACAAAGGUGCACCAUGAACAUAAAAUUCUGAAAGAUCUUCAGAGACGUACCAUCAAUUUGGCAUAUGAAGCUGAGGUUGCUAUUGACUCUAUUCUUUCUCAGUAUGAUGUCUUUUGGCAUAAUUUUUGCUCACUUCCUACUAUCAUAAAAGAGAUCAAGAAAAUUAAUGUGGAGGUGACUGAGAUGUGUGAAGUUGCUCUUAAGCCUUUCUAUGUGGUAGCACCAUCUAAGCAUCUACCAACUCAUCAUAGUAAUCCUGUGAACAAUGAGGAGAUAGUGGGUUUUGGGAAUGACAUAGAAAAAAUGAUUCAGUAUCUGAUUAGAGGAACAAGUGAGCAAGAUGUCAUACCUAUUGUUGGGAUGGGGGGACAAGGUAAAACAACUUGUGCCAGAAAGGUGUACAAUAAUGACAUCAUUGUUUCUCAGUUCGAUGUUCAAGCAUGGUGCAUCAUUUCCCAAACAUAUAAUCGGAGAGAGCUAUUACAAGAUAUUCUUGGUCAAGUUACCGAUUCCGAGGACAAGGGAGAUAAGGACGAUGUUCUUGCCGACAUGUUGAGGAAAAGACUAAUGGGAAAGAGAUAUCUCAUUGUCUUGGAUGAUAUGUGGGAUUGUAUGGCAUGGGAUGACUUAAGGCUUUUUUUUCCAGAUGUUAGAAAUAGAAGCAGAAUAGUAGUAACAACCCGACUUAAGAAAGUGGGUGAGCAAGUCAAGUACCAUACUGAUCCUUAUUCUCUUCCAUUCCUCACAACAGAAGAGAGUUGCCAAUUGUUGCAGAAAAAAGUGUUUCAAAAGGAAGAUUGUCCGCCUGAACUGCAAGAUGUGAGUCAAGCAGUUGCAGAAAAAUGCAAAGGAUUGCCUCUAGUGGUUAUCUUGGUAGCUGGAAUAAUCAAGAAAAGGAAAAUGGAAGAAUCUUGGUGGAAUGAGGUGAAAGAUGCUUUAUAUGACUAUCUUGAUCGUGGAUCUAAAGAAUAUAGUCGGGGCGACUAUGCAGUUGAGUUUUGAUAACUUACCCGAUUG